GCGGGGCAAAGUCCCGGUGGCGGCGACGGGCGCGCGGCGGGAUGGGCGCGCUGGGCCGGGCCCUGCUGUGGCUGCAGCUGUGCGCGCUGGCCCGGGCCGCCUACAAGCUCUGGGUCCCCACCACGGACUUCGAAGCCGCCGCCAACUGGAGCCAGAACCGGACGCCGUGCGCGGGCGCCGUGGUCCAGUUCCCCGCGGACAAGGCGGUGUCGGUGGUGGUGCGGGCCAGCCACGGCUUCUCGGACAUGCUCCUGCCGCGGGACGGGGAGUUCGUCCUGGCCUCAGGAGCCGGCUUCGGGGCCGCGGACGCCGGCAGGGACCCGGACUGCGGCACAGGCGCCCCCGCGCUCUUCCUCGACCCCGACCGCUUCUCGUGGCACGACCCGCGCCUGUGGCGCUCCGGGGACGCGGCGCGCGGCCUCUUCUCCGUGGACGCCGAGCGCGUGCCCUGCCGCCACGACGACGUCGUCUUCCCGCCCGACGCCUCCUUCCGAGUGGGGCUCGGGCCCGGAGCCCGCCCCGCGCGCGUCCGCAGCGUCCAGGCUCUGGGCCAGACGUUCACGCGCGACGAGGACCUGGCUGCGUUCCUGGCGUCCCGCGCCGGCCGCCUGCGCUUCCACGGGCCGGGCGCUCUGCGCGUGGGCCCCGGGGCCUGCGCCGACCCGUCGGGCUGCGUCUGCGGCGACGCGGAGGUGCAGCCCUGGAUCUGCGCGGCCCUGCUCCAGCCCCUGGGCGGUCGCUGCCCGCCGGCCGCCUGCCCCGACGCCCUCCGGCCCGAGGGGCAGUGCUGCGACCUCUGCGGAGCCAUCGUGUCGCUGACCCACGGCCCCACCUUUGACAUCGAGCGGUACCGGGCGCGGCUGCUGCGAGCCUUCCUGGCGCAGCCCUCGGGGUCCUGUCGGCGACAGCCCGGGAGUCGGGCGCGCCCGCCGGGGACGGCUCGGCGGCGGGGCCGCUCGGCUCGGGUUCGCGCGCGGGGCUGGCGGGCGGCGUGGCGGCCGGGCUGCUCCUGCUGCUGCUGGCGCUGGCGGCGGGGACGCUGCUGCUGCGCCGCGCUCCGAGGCUCAGGUGGACUAAGCGCGAGCGGUUGGUCGCCACGCCCGUCGAGGCGCCCCUGGGCUUCUCCAACCCGGUGUUCGACGAGGCGGGCUCCGCGGGGCCGGUUCCACGCACCCCGCAGCCUCCCCCAGCGCAGCAGGCGGGAAACAGCAGCACCAGCCGCAGCUACUUCGUUAACCCGCUGUUCGCCGAAGCCGAGGCCUGAGCAACCGCGGGGCUGGCCAGCCCCUACCUGUGCCCGCCGCCGCCCCCGCGAGAUGGACGCCCCGACCUUGCGAGGUCCCCGCCCCCUGCCACGCACGCCUUGUCCCCCCAGCCCAAGGGUAGGGUGGCUUUGCCCAAUAAAGCGUUUCCUGCACCCGGAGUCCGUUGCCCCCAGUGGCCCUCCUGUGCCUCGGCGUGAGCGUGGGGGGCCGGCCAGUGUGCCCGUCAGGCUGCCCACCGGUGAGCGUGCUCCUCAGAAUCCUGCCCUCUGGCCACCCGCAAAGGGCAGCUCCAAGCACUCCCGGAAAAUUGCAGUCUGCAGAGCUGCACCCAGAAUAUGGGGAAGGCUGCCCCUGGAGCAGGGGAGCGAGGCGGCGGGUGAGGCUGGUGUCCGGCACCCCGAGCAGCCGAGUAGAACAGCCAGUCACUUCCCCAGAGGAACGGGUUUAUUCUGGAAUGCAGACGAAUGGCACUGCUGCAGGAUCUGCGGGCUGCGGCGGAACCACGGAACCACGGGCAGGGCAGCCUGGAGACCCAGGGAGAGGAAGAGGAGGACUGGGGAAGGGGGAGCUGGGAGGGGUGGUUGUGGAUGAAAGUCCUUGCUGGGAAAGGGAGAAUUCAGGGCGGGGCUGGCUCC